AUGGGAGGCAAUUUUAAUGCGGCUUCGUCUAAUUCUGAAAGGAAUGGUCAGAGUCUUUAUUCUAGAUCUUCGGAACAGAGAGAUUUCUUGGCUUUUAUGUUUGAGGCUAACAUGGUUGAUCUCCCUGUUUCUAGGAAUAACUUUACGUGGUUUAGCGGAGAUGGAAAAUCUAUGAGUAAAUUAUAUAGAUUUUUAGUUGAUGAUUCAAUUAUUAAUAAGUGGGGGGUGAUUGGUCAAUCGGUUGGUAAAAGAGACGUAUCGGACCACUGUCCGAAUUAG